CAUUGUGUGAGCGCCUAUUGGAUGCUUGCCAAUUGUUCUUGUCGCUGCUGCGUUCAUUUUGGUUAAAUUUUGAACAUUUGAAUCUCUGCUUGCUGGAUAAUAAUUUGUUUCUGAAUUGGGAAAAAAAGAUUGUUACGUUGAAGAUACCAUCGGAAGUAUGGAGAUGAAUAGGUCAUCUCUUAGGAAUAGGAGUGCCUCGGCUAGGCUGAGAUUGCCGAGCUCGAAAAGCAUCCGUACUUUCGACCGCUGCGCCACGUUCGUCAAUGAAGACACAACGGUCUUCAUGGAGAUGGCUCAGCACAAGAAAGAAGAAGGCAACAGGUUGUUCCAGAGGCGGGAGUAUGAGGACGCACUCAUGAAAUAUGACAAAGCCAUUAAGCUGCUUCCAAAGAACCAUAUUGAUGUUGCAAACCUUCGCUGCAACAUGGCAUCUUGCUAUAUGCAGAUGAACCCUGAGGAUUACCGCCAAGCAAUCAAUGAGUGCAACCUUGCCCUCGAGGUCUGUCCCAAUUACAGUAAAGCUCUAGUGAAGAGGGCCAAGUGUUUCGAAGCUCUGAACAGGUUGGAUUUAGCCAGCAAGGAUGUGGAUUUAGUUUUGAGUUUGGAACCGAACAAUAUUGCGGCAUUGGAGAUUUCCGAGCGAGUCAAAAUGGAGAUUGAGGAACAUGGCAUAAGGUUGGAUUAUAGGGAAGUUUCUCCACUUCCAGAAACACCUAUAGAGAAACAGAAGCUAAAGAAGAAGAAGAGCCACAAGUCGGUGGAGAAGAUAGUGGUUGUGGAGGAGAAGCAUGUUGAGACUAAAGAAGAGCCCAUGAAAACUGUGAAGUUAUUCUUUGGGGAAGACAUCAGAUAUGCACAUGUACCAGCAAAUUGCACCAUAUUGCAGUUGAGGGAGGUCGUUGCUAACAAAUUCCCAAGAUUGAAGGCUUUCCUUAUCAAAUUCAAAGAUCAAGAUGGUGACUUGGUCACAAUCACUACAUCCCAAGAGUUGAGGUGCAUAGAAGAAUCUGCAGACCCACAAGGAUAUAUUAAGUUGUUCAUCAUAAAAGUAAAACCCGAGGAUGAUCCUUUGUUUGAAGAGGCUAUAAAAAGGGGAUCACCUAAGAAGAAUAGCUUUUCUGAUGACAAGUCCUCCUCAGUUUGCAUUGAUGACUGGAUUGUGCAAUUUGCUCUUCUAUUCAAGAACCAUGUUGGUUGUGAUUCUGAUGAGUAUCUGAACCUUCAUGAGUUAGGAAUUAAGGUUUACUCAGAAGCAAUGGAAGACACCACUACAAGUGAAGAGGCACAGGAAGUUUUUACACUUGCUGAGAAGAAAUUCCAGGAGAUGUCAGCUCUAGCUUUAUUCAAUUGGGGCAACGUGCAUAUGUUUCGGGCAAAGAAGAGGUUAUGCUUAUCAGAAGAAGCUUCAAAGGAGUCAACGCUAGUCAUGGUGAAAACUUCUUAUGAGUGGGCUCAGGCUGAGUAUGUUAAAGCAGGAAAGAAAUAUGAAGAAGCUUUGAAACUUAAGCCUGACUUCUAUGAGGCUCUUCUCGCUCUUGGAUUGCAACAGUUUGAGCUAGCAAAGCUUUCUUGGUGUUUCGCAAAAGGAAACAUGGCAGAUGUAGAGAAUGAGCCUUCCACAGACGUUCUAACACUAUUCAACCUCGCCGAAGAGAACAUUGAGAGGGGGACACAAAUUUGGGAAGAAAUCGAAGAAGAAAGAUUAAAGGAAGGGUCUAAACCCAGUGUGGAAAAGCUAAUGUUGCAAAAGAUGGGUUUACAAGAUUAUUUCAAACAUCUGUCAAGUGAUGAAACAACAGAACAAGGUUUUAAUAUGAAGACUCAAAUGAAUAUAUUUUGGGGAACUGUGCUUUAUGAGCGAUCUGUUGUGGAAUUUAAAUUGGGCAUACCACUUUGGAAAGAGUGUCUCAUGGCAGCAAUGGAAAAAUUUACUGCGGCAGGGGCUUCUCCAGCAGAUAUUGCUGUUAUGGUUAAAAACCAUUCUGCCAAUGAAACUACUCAAGAAGAUUUAUGUUUCAAGAUUGAUGAAAUAGUUCAAGCAUGGAAUGAGAUGCAUGAUGCAAAAAGGUGGCUAAGUGGUGUUUCAUCUUUCAGACUUGAGCCUUUACUUCGCCGGCGGGUUUCCAAGUUGCACAAUACAUUGGAGAACAUAUGAUGUUUAUAUUUCUGAGAAUGUUUUGCUACUGAUUGUGUGUUA